AUGUCGUUUAAUCGUGGAGUGAAGAGAGAUUCCUUCGGAAAUCGGGGGAAUUUCAAUCGGGGCAAUAGUGGCGGUGGCGGUGGCGGUGGCGGCAACAACAACCGACUCAAUAAUAUGUGCAACAGCGGCAUGGGAAAUAAUAUGGGCGGAGGGAUGAGCGGGAGUGGUAUGGGCGGCAUGAAUCCUUGGGAAAGUGGUAUGAUGCCUGGCAGAGGUAUCCUACCUACACCGAACAACAAUCUCUCUUUGGCGUCACCACAAGCACAGCUAGCGAUUGCCAGCAAUCUCCUAACAAACUUACUCCGUAGCCAGCAGGAAGUGCAACCUCAGGUACCAUCUCUCAUGAGCCUUGGAAAUAAUUUUUCCGGACCAGGACCGAACUAUUCUAAUCAACAGAGCUUUUCCUCGGGACGGUUUAAUGAUCGACCGGCGCGACAUAAUCUGAAAAAUCAACGUCAGCAGCCAUACAACAAGAUGGGCAAUCGCGCCCGAGACGGCCCUGCUGGGCGACGUGGUCCGUCCGCACAACAAUCUCGUGCACCCCAGUCCGGCAGUCAACGUAUGAACGGAAACCAAAUCCAACAUCGCAACGAUAAGUCUUCUAAACCAAUUCCUGCCUCUAAACAAAAUCAGACUGCCAAAAAGGAACAGCAGGACGUUAAGACCUCUGAUAGCGAAAAAGCAGAGCCGCCUGUUCCGAAAAGUGAGGACGUGGAGGAAACCGAGGAUAAGAAACGCGAGUGGAAGGAUGAGAAGGAUACGGAGGAAGUUAUGAUGAAAGUGGAUGAAAGUGAAAAAACAGCGGAUGCUGAUGUGAGCAUGGAAAAGUCCGCUACGGAAGAGACACCGAAAGAGGCAAACACGUCUGCGACCGAGAAAGACGGGAAAACAACCGGCAAGAAAUCGGAGGCUAGACACGCCGAGAGUCGUUACGCCGAAGUUCCGAUGAGCCACAUGUUUUGUCACAUCUGCAACAAGCAUAUGUGGGACGGAUAUUCCUUUGAGAAUCAUUUGCGCGGACGCGCACAUCAACUGAUGAUGGAGAAGUUGGACGAAUCUUACAAACUCAAGGUCGACCUGAUGCGACACGAACUACGUGUUGCCGAGGAGCAACGCGAACUCAGCUUGAAUAACUCGAAACGACGUGGCAAAAAAGUCUCCGUAGACUUUAACGUUAGGGAGUACUGUACGAUGUGCGACUUGAACUUCUACGGGACUCUGUCUACACACAGAAAGAGUGAGAAACAUCAACAGCUAAAGACCUUCUUGCACCCUCGAUGUUUCCCUUGUUUGAAAGAAUUUCCAUCUCGCAUCGAAUACGACGAGCACUGUUUAACACCCGCUCACAUGAAGAAUGCUGUUCAGUGUGAAGAGCAACGGAAAAACAAGAAGAAAGAAAAAUUGGCGAAAGGAGAAGCUGAAGUCCGCAGCGCAGAAGACGAGGAGAAAGAUGUUUGGCAUGAUACGAAGAAUGAGAAGGAAGAUGAUGCCGCAGAACAAGAAUAUAUCACGGAUAUCACAGAAAAUAUGAAUGAAACUAAAUUCAAGAUUCCGUCUUAUAAGUAUUGCCGUCAGAAGCAGAUAGGUGUUGGUAAAUCGAUGAUCAAGGAAGUGCAAGGUUUUUACUGCGAGCGUUGCCGGCGGUUUAUGCUUUUGGCGGACGAUAUGAAUGCUCACCUACGCAGUAUCACUCACUAUCGAAAUUUCUUGGCGGAUGUGAAAUCGUUAACGUCAAACGCUGCGGCUGCAGAGUCGAAGGAAACCGAACAAAGUGAGAGUGAGAAAAAUACCGCCCAAGCAUCGGAGGAAUACGACAGAAAUUGGAAACGUCGCAGGACUUCCCAUGAGGAGGAUGAGAAUAACGACAAGCCAAAGGAGCCGCAAGAAAGCACUACAGAUAACGCGAGCACGCCGAAGAAGUCUGAUGGAGAGGAGAAGUACGACCCGUUGGAAGCUGAUGCUGAAUCUGAGGAUGACGAGGUAAAUCGCGAAGCAGAACCGGACGUAAAUGAAACAACGCAAAACACUUCCAACGGACAAGAGAAAAAAGCGCCGAUCGACGAGAUGUGGGCAGACGCAGAUAACGACAACGAUGCCGAAAUGGGUAAUCUGAUCGACGAGACAGAUGAGAAAGAUCACACAGAUCAGAAGUCCGUGCAGAAGAUUGAACGUAAUCUCAAUCCGGUAAAGAUGUCCCGAGGACGCGGGUAUAUACGCGGUCGCGGCGGCCCGCGUGCCAGGAGAUCUCGACGAUAAAUUGACAUGGUCCGUUCUGCAAAAGCACGAAAGUAUGAAGAGGCGGGGAAAAUGCGUCAGAGCCGGUAAAAGCUAGAUGGACAUUUUCCGCGCUGCUACAAGUCCUAAUGAUAACGCAAAAUACAUAUAGAGCAUGCGAAUAUUUCUAUUAUCGAAAUAUAUUUAGACACGUGUAAUAUUAUAUAUGGUAUAUUAUAUUCACGUGGAUUACAUGUGUAGCAUAAACUUUAACUUAUAAGCGACCUAUCUUACUCGUAUCAUAUAACAAAAAAAAAACACAAAGAAAAAAAUAAGAUGUCAUCGAGGUCACCUUAAGCCCACUUCUACAAUAG